AUGAAAAGACUAGCACAAACUCCCUCUCCAAGUGAUAUGGCAAGAAUCUGGUACCAAACAUCGAAUUCGGAUCAAGUUUUUCUCAAUCAUCGACCAACUUCUUCAGUUGGCCUCCCAACUGCAUUAUUGCACCCUGUUUUUGGAGAGUUUCUAGAUGGGUGCUCUAAUGCUAUACCUACUCCUGAUGAUUUCAUUUUUGCAAAGUCUCUCAGUGAGGCUAUGUCUGAUUAUUAUGCAGUAGAGGAUACGAGAGCAACAAAAUUUCGACAGCUUUUUAACCAGCACUUCAAGAUCAGUCUCCGCUGUGUUGAACUUUGUGGAUGUAGGACAGAUGGUACUUGGUACCCUAAUCACCAAAACGAUUUUAUAGGGAUUAAUGUUGAAGUAAAGAAAGAACCUGGUGCUGGUG